AUGACACAGCCAAAAGAAAACAGCAAAACUACACAUGGCCACCGAGCAGAGAAACGAUAUUUAUCUCGUUGUUCUUCUGAGGAACCCGAAAUAAUACCUUCCAGACGUUCGAGGUUACAUUCUAGGGAAAUAAAUACUAAGACUCCUUGUGCGUCACCUAAAUCUUCCAAAAAUAAAUACAGAUUCCAAGAAGAUUUAACCUUAGCUAAAUCGAAAAACUCCAAAAAGUCGAUAGCUGAACACAAAAAUGCUGAUUCUGAGUCAAAACAAAGUUCAAUGACCCAGCGAAAAGACAACAGCAAAACUACUCAUAGCCACCGAGCAGAAAAACGAUAUUUAUAUCGUAGUUCCUCUGAGGAACCCGAUAUAAUUCCCUCCAGACGUUCGAGGUUGCAUUCGAGGGAAAAUAAUAAUACUAAGACUCCUUGUGCGUCACCUAAAUCUUCCAAAACAAGUUACAAAACAUCUAAAACGCUACCUAACUCACCGAGUCCAUUUAGAAACAUUCCUGAACAAAAAACUCAAUCUGUAAAACCAUUUCCUAGUACAGCAACCAACAAUUCCUACUGUCAGUCAAAAAUAGCUAAUACACAAAACAAUACUUCUGCAAAAACAACAGUCGAUCAUGUAAGGAAAACUUCUAAACAAAAAAACCAAAACAUUAGUCGAACAGCAAGCCCCGUCCCUUCACCCAAGCGCAAGAAAUCAAAGUCUGGGACAGCAGACCAAGAAAAUGUGGCGAUCUAUUGUGAGCCAAAAUCAGAGAGCGAAAAAAUAAAGGCGAUUAGUGCCAUAGUAUCCACACUGUUGCCCGAGCAGAAGGCCUGUUUGGCCAGAAAGAGGAUGAUGAUGAAGAUGGCCAUGGAACAGAAGGUGACUACCAGGAGGAAAAGUCUAAGGGACAUUCGAUAGGGAAUACUGAAAUACAUA